AUGCCAGAUCAUCGGCUAUCACAAAAGCUGGCCCAGCUUAACCCUUUCAACCCCAGUGAAGACGAUGAGGACAAGGGUGAGGUAAUAGUCAUCGAAAGCGUUGGUGGCGGAGGUCGCAGCACCCGCAAGGCUCGGUACGACAAAGAGCAGCUGCGGGUUGGCAAGUCGCUGCGAUCAUUCUUGGCCAGGAACGGCAUUCUGUCCGAAGAAGAUGCCGGUGUUGCGAUCGAGGAGUCCACACCGGCUCUGCGAAACCUUCUGGGAAAGUCCCAUUUCAGUGUCCCGUCAGCCCUGCUGGAUCGAUCCCGGCCACUGCCAGAGUACUACAUCAGCUCCAGUCACAACACCUAUCUCACAGCUCAUCAGCUCUAUGGAUCCUCGUCAGCCUCCGCCUACGAAACUGCCCUGAAGACGGGCUCACGAUGCGUCGAGAUUGACGCAUGGGACAACAGCGCCAACCCAGAUGAACCCAAGGUUACGCACGGAUUCACGCUCGUGUCACAUAUUCCCUUUCGUGCAGUAUGCGAAACCAUCCGCAUUGUCUUUGAUGAAGAAAUGGCCGUGGCCGCAAAUGACGGCAACUACACAGUAGCGCCCAUCCUUCUGUCUCUGGAGAACCACUGUGGAGGCCACGGCCAGAAGCGGCUUGUGGAAAUUAUGAAGGAGGUGUUUGGCCACAGACUCUUGGCAAAGCCUAUUCGUCAAAAGGGACAUCGUGAACAAGAGACACAUGAUGUCCACGUAACCUUGGCUGACUUGGGUGCCUGCAUUUCCGUUAUUGUUGAGUACCACUUGGUCAGCGAGGAGGGAGAGAAGCCAGAGAAGCGAGACUCGUGUAGUGAAUCGCCAUCCGACGAUGAGACGGAGGAUGCAGAAAUAGAAAAGGCGCGCAAAGAGUACCAGAGAAAGAAGAGGGAAACCGGCACGGGGGCCAUCAUUUCUGAACUGGCGGAGCUGGGCGUAUACGCGCAGUCAGUCAAGCCCGUCGACAAUUCGUGGUAUGACCCCGGCGCUUUGAUCAACGGCCCGCCUCACCAUCUCAUCAACGUGUCGGAGUCGGGUCUGUCGUCACAUCUGCCCGCAGCAUCGAUUCCCAUUGCAGCCCACAACGCGCGUCACCUCAUGCGCGUCUAUCCCAAGGGAACCCGAAUUUCCUCUUCCAACCUGAAGCCGCUCAAAUUCUGGGGCGUCGGCGCUCAGAUCUGCGCCCUGAACUGGCAGACUUUUGGAACGAGCAAUCAGCUCAACGACGCGCUGUUCAACGGCUCCGAAGGCUACAUUCUUAAACCGGCAGCCCUUCGACAAGGUGGGAAUGGCAACAUCUUUACAGGCCAGAAGAAGAAGCUUUGCCUGCACGUGGCUGGUGCCACGGACGUGCCCGUCGACGAAGACCGAGAACCGGGCUCACUGAGGCCGUAUCUUAGCUGCAACUUGUACAGUCCUGGGGAUGUCGAAGGAGAGACGUGCAAGCGCAAAACGUCGGCGUACAGGCACCACAGGCUGGGAAUCCUGCACCGCGGCGAAAACCCGCCCGUGACGGAGCCGAUUUGGGAUGAAACAUUGGAGUGGGUCUAUGACGACAAUGAGCUCGUGUUUUUGAGAAUCCUUGUCAAGAGCGACGAUGCUUGGGCUAAGAAUCCAAUGAUUGCGGUGGCUGCGGUUCGGUUGGCGUACGUUGUGCCUGGAUGGAGCUUUAUCAGAAUGAUGGACAUGAAGGGAAGGGAGACCAAGUGCUCGAUCCUGGUCAAGUUUGAGAUGGAGCAUGUGUGA